GGCUGUGCGGUUAAAAAAAAUGGCACCACCACCCAGAGUUGCCAAGUACGAAUUUUCUAGUGAUAUCAUUAAUCAGCAAAUAAAUGACAGUUUUGAAGAUAAAAAUGAACCGGAUUCGGAACUUUUGGCCGGAGAGGGUAGCAUUACAGGAAUAGCGGAGAUUGACGAAUUGAAG